GUUCCGUACUUCCUGCUUCCUGUUGACUGUGGGGAGUUGACGCUCUGCAGUUACACCGUGUCCACAGUGUAAUAACGUGGCAAUGAUCUGAAAUAUUAUCUGAAUUAUUUGACUGUGUGGAUUAUUUCCUCACAGAGCGCCGCUAUUUCUCACACUUUAUCUGAUUCAGUUAUAAAGUUAUCGAGGCGUGAAGACGGAGUCCGACAUGCAGUUUUCUCCGAGCAACGGAGAUUUUACCUUCGUCUCCUCCACCGGGGCGGAAGAGCUGAGUGGGACGAUCGAUGCCCCGGACAUUAAGCUGAACAUGGGCAGUGAUCACAGCCGGGACGCUUACGCCGCUAACUUCCUGCGGCAGAGAGGAUACGGUUGGCUGCUGGAGGUGGAGGAGGACGAGGCUGAGGAGACCAAACCUUUACUGGAGGAGCUGGACAUUGACCUGAAGGACAUUUACUAUAAGAUCCGGUGUGUGUUGAUGCCCAUGCCAUCUCUGGGCUUUAACAGACAGGUGGUCAGAGAUAACCCUGACUUCUGGGGACCGCUGGCCGUCGUGCUGCUCUUCUCCAUGAUCUCCAUCUAUGGGCAGUUCCGCGUGGUGUCUUGGAUAAUCACCAUUUGGAUAUUUGGGUCGUUGAUGAUCUUCCUGCUGGCCAGAGUGCUGGGUGGAGAGGUUUCUUACGGUCAGGUGCUGGGUGUGAUCGGAUACUCGCUGCUCCCUCUCAUCGUCAUCGCGCCCUUACUGCUGUUCACUGGAGCAUUCGAAAUCGUCUCUACACUCGUGAAGGUUGCUGGUGGUGAUGUUUUUGUUCCCUGAUCGAUAUCCAGGUCCAGCAUGCUAACAAACACAUCCUGUACCUCCCCACAAACCCACAACAUAAACUCCAAAUAUCUUUAGUAAUAAUCUUAUUAAACCGUGAUUGGUUGAACGAUCAGCCACUGGCAUCCAUCAGCUGAGACACGCCCCCAACUCAUAUUUACAUAAACGUGUUUCUUUAAUGUUAUCUUCCAAGAAUGUUUAAAUGUCACCAUGUAAAAUGUUCCAUUUCUUAAAAUCGAUAAUAAUAAUAAUAAGACGAAAAAAAAUACAUAUUUUCAGUACGUCCAACAGUACAAUAACUUUAAUAUUAUUACUAUAUGUUUAUAAUAUUAUAAUAAGGGAUAUACAGACAGUUUAUCUCUACCUUCUUAUGCUUAUUACAUUACAUAUUGUUAUUGUUAUUAUUAUUAUUAUUAUUAUUAUUAUUAUAUAUUGUAUGCUACAGUGAUGCUGAGUUCUGGAAUCUGAUUGGUCAGAAGGUGAGCAGUGGUUCUGUAUGACAGCAUAUGACUGUAUGAACCACAGGUUUAUAUUAAUGCGCUCGUUUCCAUAGCAACGGAUCAUUCACAGGGACUCGUACAGUGAACGCUCCACAUAAUCGGAGAUUAAUAAUAACCGGAUUUUAAAAACCGUGUUGUUGUUUAAGAAAGUAAAACGUUUCGUCAUCGAUGUGGUGAAGUUUGUUUAUUUAUGAGACGUUUAUGUAACUUUUAUGGAAGGAGUCUCCAGUGUCAGUGCUUUAUAACAGUCCCGGGACAGGAAGGUGUUCAGGACAGAGGAGUUUACUCUCUCCGGUUUCUCAGUAAAGUGACCAGCUGCGUUCUUUUGAGAGAGAGAAAGAGAGAGACAGAGACAGAAAGAACGAGAGAGAGGAAGAGAGGGACAGAACGUGAGAGAGAGGGGGAACGAAAGAGAACGAAACAGAGAAUGAGAGGGAGAGAGAGAAUGUGUGUGAGAGAGGGACAGAACAUGAGAGAGAGGGAACUAAAGAGAACGAAACAGAGAGAGGAAGAGAGGGACAGAAUGUGAGAGAAUGAACUAGAAUGAGAGGAGAACAUGAGAGGGAGAAUGAGAGAGACGGAGAAUAUGAGAGAGGGAGAAUGAGAGAGAGGGAGAAUAUGAGAGUGAGAGAGGUAGAAUAUGAGAGAGGGAGAAUGAGAGAGAGGGAGAAUAUGAGAGUGAGAGAGAGGUAGAAUAUGAGAGAGGGAGAGUGAGGGAGGGAGAAUGAGAGGGAAAGUGAGGGAGAAAGAGAGAGAGAGGGAGAAUGAGAGAAAGGGAGAAUGUGAGAGAAAGAGAGGGAGAAUGAGAGGGAGAAAGUGAGAGAGAAAGAGAGAGAGAAUGAGAGGGAGGGAGAGG